AUGGUCUCUAAUCAGAAUUUACGUUUAGAUGGACUACGUGUCUUUCGAGUGCCCGGAUGGAUUUGUUUUCGAAGGUUCCACGAACAUCACGCAUUAUGCAGUUUGUCACAACUGGAGUACCAAUACUUGUUCGACAAAUCGGCUAAAUGCGAGCCCGUGGUUUGCCCUUGUCCUCCUUGGUUCGCCAAUAACUCGAUAGAGGGUACAUCAGAUUGGCACAAUGAAGGCGGUGCAACCAAGUGCCCAGAGGACCAAUCUGUACUCUAUGGUACUAAUGUGACGUACACGUGUCCAGAAGGAUAUGUCUUUGAAACACCCCAGUUGAUAGCUUUCCAAGAGGAAACGAGUGUUUUGACGCUAACAUGUGAAAAAUACGCUGAUUGGAGCUUAGGCGUGAAGCCCAAAUGUAUCCCCGUCAACUGCACAAGUGACCCACCCAGGGUGAAUAAUGACGACAGAGGCUGGUACGAUUGGGAUCUGGCGGUGAGGAACAAAAGCUAUCUGCAUGAAAUCACCUACAGUUGUCCGUUGAAAUAUUGGGGAUUUCCAAGCACUGGCAAAAACACCAAGACCAUUUUUUGCUUAUCUUCAAAGGCAUGGAGCGAGACAGACAUCGAAAAAUGUGUUCAACUCCCAUGCAAAGAAGCUCCCCCUCCUCCACCCGAGGGUGGUUGGUCGUGGUUCGAGUUCGACUACUCGAGAUACAGGUGCCCCAAUGGAUUUAUGUUUGAAGAUGGUUCGUUUCCUUACUGGUAUGCCAAUUGCUCCGCCAACCGGAAAUGGAACCCUAGCAAGAUUCAACCUUGCAUUCCGAGGACAUGUGCUGAAAACCCUCCCCAACCAUUCAUGAACAUGGUUCAAGAUUGGCCGAAGGACAGCCUUAAAUUGGGAACCACUGUGGAAUACCAAUGCUCGGUCAAUCGAGUGACCGAGAAGGAGCAAGUCACAAGUCAAUAUUCUCAAUGCAUAUGGAGCAAAGACACUGAUGAGCUGAUUUGGUUCCCGAGGGAAGUGCAACCUUGUUCAGGCAAGAUAAUAUCUUUAGCGUUUAUCGAGAUUUUUUAUUUCAUUCCCAUCCAUUCUCUCGAGGCCAACACGCAUAAAUCGCCGCUUUUGCGUGAGAAGCUUGAAAAUUCGGUAAUAAUUUCCUAACAUUUAAUGAUCCUUGAAAGGCGCCGUCCGACUGAUUCACAAGUCCAUUUUUUGAACUUUUUUUCGCAUGACUUUGUUCGUGAUUAGCUGAUUAUCAUUUUUGCACAGUUUUGGAGUGAUGAUUUUUGUUUGUUUUAGAGGUAAUGCGGAUUCAUUCCAGAUGCUGGACAAAUUUUGAAGACCUCUGGAUGACGAAAACAGUGGAUAGGCAAAAAAUCCAUUUAGGUCUUUUGUAGGACCUCGAUCUCUUUGACUUGUUAAACUACCAAAACCCAACAUAUUGCCAUUGAGGCAUAACCGGCGUGAUGCUUCAUAUUUACUUUAUUCAUUUUUGAACUAGUUAUUACACAGAAGCAUUAUUCCUUGUGAAAACUAGGGACCCUGAAUGCAGAGACGCGGGAGCAUUCCCUAAAACUACUCCUUGGGAGGCUCGAUAAGUGUCGCCGUUAACCUGAGAACAUAUUUUUCUUCUGCCUUCAUACUUGCGACGACUUUUCGAGCUUUCUCUGAAGGUGAUUUUAUUUGUAGGUGAUGCCAGGACAUUGUUAUAUUCUCAUGUUUGUCUCCUUUCUCCUUCGUGGUAUUCUUGUUUUAUUGGUCUAAUAAACCUACACUUGAUAUCGAAUAACCAGUGAGAUACCAUCGUAAGCCUCCACCGCC